AUUCUAUUUAAACAAUAAAGUUGUGUUUUAAGUAAGGCACUUGUAUAAAAUAACACAUAAAACACAAAAAAAAAACUGAGCAUAUUAUAUGCAAGCGCCCUAAGGCACAACACACAAAUAUAAAAUGCGUUGCUAUUUACAAAUUUUGGCCGCGUCAUGUGUCAUUGUCACAUUGCUGGCAGCACAGUCCGCAGCGACUUCGGUAAAAGGAUACCAAACUAAUGACAAUGAUUUAAUCGAAUUAGACGAGGAUAACUGGCAUUUAAUGCUAAACGGCGAAUGGAUGAUUGAAUUUUUUGCACCAUGGUGCCCAGCUUGCAAGAAUUUAGCGCCUACUUGGGAACGUUAUGCGCGCACUGCCAAAGACGUUAAUGUAAAUGUGGCCAAAAUCGAUGUGACAACAUCGCCUUCGCUAAGCGGACGUUUCUUUGUUACCGCCUUGCCUACAAUUUAUCACGUUAAGGAUGGGGAAUUCCGUCAAUAUCGUGGCGCACGUGAUGCCGAAGCCUUAUUGUAUUUCCUGAAGAAACAAUCUUGGAAAUCUAUUCAACCGUUAUCUGCUUGGAAGAAGCCCGAUACCAUUCACAUGUCGUUGCUUUCCUAUUUCUUCAAGCUGUCGCACACAUUGAAGGACUUCAAUGCGCGACUGCAGGAAGAAUAUGGUUUGCCUACAUGGGGAUCUUAUGCGUUGUUUGCCAUUGCCACAAUAUUUGUGGGUGCUGCACUGGGUCUUCUGCUUGUGUGCCUCGUGGACUUCUUUUAUCCACCCAAAAAAUCACCACGUCAAAGCUUCUCAGAGUCUCAGGACAAUCUGACCGAAGGUGUAGAGGAUUUGGCCACUGAAGACAUUGAGGAUGAUGAUGAUGAUGAAAAUGGUAACGACGACGCUGAAGAGGAAGAGCAAGAAGAGGAGGAGGAUGAGGAAGCCGACGAAAAAUCAGGCGACAACACUGAGGAGGAUAAGUCCGAAGGCAAAGCUAAAGUUACAGCUAAGGAAGAGGAUCACGUUGGCGAUAAAGCGCCUGAGGUUACGGAAAAGCCCAGCACAGAGCAAGUGCGCAAGCGCAAGCCCCGCAAGGAGCAUUAAAGAGCGCGUUCUUAGUCAAAAAAGGAAAACAAUACGACGAGAAGCGGCAACAAAAAGACUAACCUAACAUUACACAUUAAACUAUAUCCUGAACGAAAACCAGCAAAGCAACAUAUUUGCUUUGUUGGCUGUAUUAUGGAGCAGUAAGAGCUGCGCUGGUUUUAAUUUAAAUGAUUUUUAUUGCGCA